UUUGGUGUUAAUUCGAUUUCAACUGAUCUUAAGUAACACAGUGGGUGAAAACAAGCUUUAAAUGUGCGCUAAAAUAGACUGCGGUCUGUGGAUAUCUGUUAAGAGCCGCGCAGGUGUGCAUUUCGUUUUCAACCUCGUAAUUGUGGAAUAACACCGGAAGAUUUCUUUCGCGCUAUGUGCGGUUUUCGCUGAGUUUAGCUUUUUGUGAGAGAGACUUUGGACGAACAGACACACUGGAAGUGUUAUCUAGUUAGCUGCGAGAGCUGUAGAACAGAAAUAAGCACACAGAUGUCAGUUUUGUAAGAUCCUUUAGUAUUCGAACCGAUCAUGACUUAUUGCACGUUAAGCUUUGUCGCAAUGCACCUCAUAUACAAGCCAGUAUAGAUAUCUGACAACUGUACCAUUUGAUAACAUAUCAUGCAAACAUCUGGGAGAUAAAAUUUAAUGAAGUUGUGCGUGAUUCUACAUGCGCCUAUAGAUGCCCACAAGCUGGAGAAGGAACUGCCAUUUUUAAAGAGAAUAGAAGAAGAGCAAGAUUCGGGACCUUCGACCUUCGGCGGUCCAGGCUAAUCGCAUACAAAUAGAAAAAUUACAAGGAGGAUUGCAAAAACAAGAAAGCAUCCUCGAGACAUAUCUAUCAAAUCAAGGGUCUUAACCGAGAUAUCGUCCUCUUCUAUUGUGUCUCAGGUUACGGUUAAUCUUAAAAUUACGCUUAUUGGAGCAAAAAUAUGCCUCAACGCUUGACCAGUACAAAAAUACUUAUAGGGUCAACAAGAUAAAUGUCAAUAUUGACUGAUUCACAAUGUAUGGUAUUUUAAGAACCACUGAUAGUUAUUAUGGUGAAAUGAUGGGACUUUAUAGUCACUAGUUAAAUGCCCACAAUUUAAAAUCGAUCACCGGAAUACUUAAAAAACGUUAACAGCGUGCACUGUAGCAGUAUUUUACAAUUUUCCCAAUUAUUAUAUAAGAAUUCAUGCUUCAUGCAUCUGAAAAACAACCUAAACUGAUUUAAAGCGAAGACAUUGGAGAACUUCUGUAAACCCCCGACGGCAACGGCAGCGAGAACCUCACCAAACAGAAGGUUAAAAUGAGUAGACCAAUGGCUGUGCACAUGCGUUAUAAUUUUCUUUUCGGUCCUCCGCACAACAACAGCGUAAAAUGACUAAGUUUUGCGUCGGUUUGAAGGACGCGAACAACGGCGGCUAAUUUUUCGUAUUUUCGUUUGGAAUUGAACCCUGGCGUUACGUAUUUAGCUUGGGCAAGAUCUGAGACCAACAGGCGCACUGUACAGAUCUAGACAAUUGCGAAAUUGCAAGAUAAAAUGAAAAUUCAUUUUUUGCUCUGUUGUCAUUACAAGCUCUGUAAUUCAAACAGAAAUGGCGCCGACGGAAAUUCCCGACGGGAAUUGCAUAAAUACGGUCGGAAAAUUCACUUAGUGUAAUAUUCAUGUUCAGUAUACAAAGCAGGUUGGCUAGGUUUCCUCCGUUCUCUCGGAUCCAGUCCUCGACCGUCAUCCCCUCGGGGCGACGAGCGCGGGUUCAUUUUCCCGUUCAGCGGCUGAUUAUCUAGUCAAAUGAAAUUGAAGAAUUCUGGAUCAGUUUCGCCGGAAUUUCAUGCUCUCAGAAAAUCCUAGAAUGAAGACUAAGUAACAUCUGAAGGGCGGACAUUUAUCCACAGCUCUUGACAUUAAUCCCGCAUAAAACACGAAAAACCACUUAGUCUACACCUGUAGAAAAAUGAGACUUUUUUGAGAAUGAGAAAUACUUCAUCAAAUUAACCAGAACUCAGUUAUAUUUUUCGGGAGUUUCUAGAAUAAGUACUAAAUUAUAUAAGACAGUUUUCUCAAAAGUCAAAAACACGAACAUAAAAAAAAGUAUUUUUACUUUAUAUAAGUUGAAUUUUGUGGUGUGAUCGAGAUUAGCGUAUUUUUAAACGCUCUUCCGUUGCGAGAAAAACCCUCUGAUAUUUCAAAGGCUGCCCGAUCACGUCGUUGGCGAAAGUAAAUGGCUCGCUUGUGGUGGGCGUAGAAAAAAUUUUAUACAGGUCAGAUUACUUAAAUUUAAUCCGUGAAAAUCGGCCUCUAAUGCUAUCUAUAAAAUAAGCCUUGUCCAUAAAGAAUGGCUUAAGGCAUCAGUGUUUCACACAGAACAGCUGAGGACAAACUCACGUAUAGUUUGAGCCAUUGAAGGAGACAGUGCUUUAGAUAGCUUUCAAUUUCAUCGAAAUUCAGCCCAAAGGCCAAAAAAAGAACAGAACAUAACUAGCGCAAUUAAAGUAUCCCAGGCUUUCAAGUGCUAAACACUUCUAAGUUUUGACGAUGAAACUUUCCACGAUAUUUUCGAUGAUCAUCGUCAUCUUGGUUUACACGCGGAAAGGAAGUGGAAGAAGACGAUCCAAUUUGGUAGGACCAAGUACAGCGGAACAACGCAAGGCGUACCCUUUAUUAUCAAGCAUUGUGAAAGCAGGAGGUCAUCGCGGACUGGCCGAAUGUCAAAGACUGUUUAAAAACGAGGUCUGGAACUGUACGUUGGAUGACAAACACGUGUUCAAAGAGUUGCCUAUCUUUUUCAAAAGAACCUUGCCUCACGCCACUCGAGAAACUGCGCUUUUACACGCCAUCAGCACUGCCGCUAUUACACACGAGAUCACGCAACAGUGCAGAGAGAACAAAAUCCCCGGAUGUCGGUGCGUCGAAUUGAAAAACAGACAACCAAACAACGGCAAUGGCGACUGGCAGUGGGGAGGCUGCAGUGAUAACAUCUGGUUCGGCGAGAACGUGACCAGGCGUUUCAUUGAUGAUCUGGAGCAAGAUGAUGAUGCACGAAAAGUCGUCAACUUGCAUAAUAACGAAUUGGGAAGAAAGGUUGUCAAGUUAAAAGUCAAAAGAGAAUGCAAGUGUCACGGAGUGACUGGGAGCUGCAAUUUUAAAACUUGCUGGAAAUCACUGGCGUCAUUCAGCGAUGUUGGAGAAGAACUCAAAAAAAAAUACCGCCAAGCAGCGAAAGUUACUCUCCUCGAUAACGUGCUGCAAGACGAAGACAACAAACCAGUCACAAGGAAAGAUAGAAAACUGGUUUUUCUGGAUCCCUCCCCAGACUACUGUGUGCGAAAUAGGACUGCCGGCUCGCUAGGCCUACUGGGAAGAGCGUGUGGAAAUGACGACGUCACCACUAGCAAAUGCAGGUCGCUUUGCAAUUCGUGUAGUCUGGGACACAAGACUGUGGAACACACGAUGUACGUUAAGUGUCGUUGUAAGUUCGUGUGGUGCUGUACCGUUGAAUGUGAGACAUGCACUAAAGAGUAUUCUGUAACAACUUGUACACGUCGGUAAAACAUACUCAGUCGCAAAUCAGGAGUAUCAACAUCGUUCGCUGCUGCGCCGGGUGUCAAAGGUUUCUCUCGUCCCUUGCACGAGUGCUGAAGCCAGGAGCCUGAGGUCGAGAAAAACCUCUGUCACCCAAACUAAGAGUAGUUAGGCAGGCGCAUCGAAAAAAAAA